CUAUGCAACUUUCCAUUGUCAUUUUGCUUGCUUCUUUACAUAUUGAAUGGGAUGUUUACAUAUUUAAUGUAUUGAUGAUUAUAUUUGUGUGUACAAUAACAAUACUGAAGUUGAAUAGCCAGUAUGUCAAAGAGGUACUAUGUUAGAAAUACUGUUGUCCCCUUUGAAGAAGACUUCACUCAUGAGUUCAAAGGGCACAGAAAUAUAUGUGUGGAAGAUUUACCUCCCUGGACACAAGAAAGUAAAACAGAGAAGGCUUCAAGAAGGGCUGUGUCAAGAGUGCUGAAUGCCUUUCUAAACACAGGUAAAGGUGGAACAGUGUAUUUAGGUGUAAUUGACUCUGGUUGUGUGAAAGGCUUGCAACUAUCUGCCUAUCAGAAAAUGCAUGUGAUUGAUGCAGUGAAUGAUGUAUUAAGUAGAUAUAUACCACCUGUGAAAAAUCAUAGAUACUCCAUCAAGUUUGUCCCGGUUUACGAAAGUGACAAGGACAGCAACACAAGCACUUCUAAAGGGUUGGAUGAUGGAUUUGAUUCAGAAUUAGCUGGUCGUGCACAUGACCUACAAGGUCACAAGUAUUGUUGGUGUGAUAGAGAUGCUGUUAUGCAAUAUAAUGCGGGUAUUAUGCUACAAGAUUAUGUGAUUGAAAUUAAAGUAAAGCCAUGGGACUCAGAUGAUCCAUUAAACCAUGACGAUGGAUGUGGAACCAUGGUUAAUUUACAUCCCAUACAUGAUGAUGAAGAGGGUAACUGCUACUUUAGGAGACAGGCUAGUAAUGUACAGUACACAAUGACUGAGCUGGCUAGACUGACUAAACAUGAGGUAGAGGUUACAUGUCAGGAGAAAAUUGCAAGUUUAAAAAGAGAAAUUGCACAUCUACAAAAGAUCAAGCAAGAAUCUAUAAGUUGAUAGUACAAGAGAUUAGGGAUCUCUCCCCAUAAUUAUAUCAAAAAGAAGUUCGUAAGAAUUUGUGAAACAUAAAAGGCAUUGAGCAUUUUGAAGGAGAGGAAUUACUAUGUGUCACUGAAGAAUGGUUUCCUGUUUCCUGAACUGCAUAGCGACUCAGUGGGGUUAAUGAAGAGAAAAAAGUUGAGUCUAUAUAAUUAUGAUAUAGUGAUAUGUAUUUUACAAACAUGUAACAUCUAAUAAAGGUGAUGUAGAUUCAUUGAAUAGACUGAAAGAUAUCUGUAGGAGACAAAAAGUGUACACAAAUAAUCAAAAUGUUGGAGUACUUUAUAUACAUGUAAAGAGCAUUAUAUUGCAAUAGACAGCAAUUGCACGAACACAAUUAGUGACUGCAGUGUCAAAAAAUUAAUAUAAAUGUUGGCGAUACUAGAUACAGAAGAAACAUUUUUUACAUUCAAGUAUUUGAAAUUUGGAACUAAAGGGUGUCUGAAAGACAUUAGCUUAGACCUAUCUAUUUUAGCCAAAUUAUGAAAGUAAACUUGGAGCUUUUAUAAACUGCCCUUAAGUCUGUAUUCUG